AACUUCUAUUCCACUUCUUCCAUUCCACUUCGUUCAGAAAGUAUAUUUGUUCAUCGCGUACAUAUUUGUUCUGUCCUUAUUAUUACCGGUCCGGACCGCUAGUCACCAUCACCAUGAAGUACAUAAUCCUCGCUUCUCUCCUCUCCUCCGCCGCCCUCGCUGCGCCUUUCGCUCAGGUGCAGGGCCAGGCCGCCACUAAUGCUAAUGCGGGAGCCACCCAGGCUGGUGCAGGCACCGCGGGCACACAGGCGGGCGCUGGCCAAGCCGCCGCCGGACAGGCAACUCAACAGCAAGGCGCCGCUCAAGGACAAACGGGCACGCAGGGCGCGACGGGCCAGACCGGUGCUCAGAAUGCCCCGCAACAGGGUGCAGGUGUCGCCAACGGCCAGACUCCCAGUGCUGCCGACCUCGCCACCGCGGUCUCCAACUGGCAGGCCGAUACCUCGAUGGUGUCCAACUUCCUUGACACGGGCGCCGGCAUCCAGAACAACGUCGCAUUCAAGCAGGCGGCGACUGUCGCGUUCAACGCCGAGGUCGACGAGCUGAACCACAAGGCCAUCAUCGAUGCGGCGAACAGCGCCGAUCCCAAUGUCCAGGCCGCGAACAGCACGCUCGCGACCGCCGGUGCCUUCCAGGAUGUCGUCGACAAGCUCCAGCAGAUGAGCGUCCAGGGCCGUGCGGCGGUUGCGAAUAUUGAUCUGAUCAACCAGAACCGAUGUGUCAAUGUCCUACCCAACAUCGACGCGUACAUGGCAUCUACCGGCUCUUCCAGCCAGGCUAUCCGUCCGCAGGUCUGCGACCAGACGGGCGUUGCGGGCGGCGUCCAGGGCACGGGUGCUACGCAGCCCGGUCAGGCUCCGGGAACGCCCCAGGCCGCUUUUGAUGCUGCUGCGGCGCUUGCUCAGGGCACUGGAAACGGACUUAUUCAGACCGGAGGUGCUCAAGCCGGAACUGCUGGCACUGCUACUCCCGCUCAAGGCCAGGCCGGUACUGCCGCUCAGGGACAACAAGCCGGUCAGGCGCAAGGCCAAGCUGGUACCGCUCAACAGGCCGGUGCUCAGGGACAGGCUGGCACAGCUGGAACUGCCGCUCAGGGUCAGCAAGGCCAGGCUGGUACCGCUGCUCAGGGACAACAAGCUGGCACCGCCGCUCAGGCUCAGGGCCAACAGGCCGGUGCUGCUUCCGCUCAGGGCGCUACCGCUGGAGCUACGCAGUAAUCGCGAGGAGAGCGAGAUGAUGGGCUGGGCUACAGCUACAUUCGUUGCUCGGAGGAGCUUUCGGGGGUUAUUCCUUCUCUGUUGAUGAUUUUAGCUAGCUGCGAUA